UUUGCUCCGGUAAUCUCAUCUCAUCCCAAGUGCCUUUUCCGGCUUCAUCACACGCAAAGCAGCAUCCCACUUCACUUCAAGCUGAGCUCCCCCAUCCGCCAUCGACGGACUUGACACUCUGCGCCUGCGCCUGCGCCACCGGUGAGCGAUGGCGAUGGUCACCACCGACGCCUCCGCCACGGCCGACGCCGCCAUCGCCGACGCAACCGCGAAGCAGCCGGACGCCGCCGACAAGGAGUACAGCUCCUACAACGGCGCCUCCACCGCGGGAGGAGGGGCCCACCGCGCCCGCGGCGGCGGCGGCGUGGUGGAUUCGGUGGUGGCGCGGUGGCGGCGGGAGGACAUGCUCGACAAGAGCCCCCUCGCGCUGCACGCCGCCGCCGCGGCCUUCGCCUUCGUCGCGCUCGUGCUCCUCGCAUCCAACCAGCACGGCGACUGGAUGCAGUUCGACCGAUACCAGGAGUACAGGUACCUGCUCGCGAUCGCCGCGCUGGCCUUCGUCUACUCGCUGGCGCAGGCGUUGCGGCACGCGCGCCGGAUGCGAGGCGGCGCCGACCCCGCCUCCACGCCGUCCUGGAGGAUUUUCGAUUUCGUCGCUGAUCAGGUAGUUGCAUACUUGUUGAUGUCAGCUCUAUCAGCCGCUACCCCCAUCACGAACCGCAUGAGAACCGCGGUGGUCAACAACUUCACUGACGCUACAGCUGCCGCCAUUAGCAUGGCCUUCCUUGCAUUUGUUGCCCUCGCCUUGGCAGCCACACUUUCCGGUUACAAGCUCUCGAAACAAACGUACAUGUGAUUAUGUGAUUUUGUGAAUCAUCAUUAUAGAAGAGUUAACUAUUACAUGAGUCAUUCAUUCUGUGGAAGUGAAACCUUUGAUGUCCUUCCACGCAUAGGCGUGGUGCCUUAUGGUGAUUGCUGUCAAUUUUUAGUGGCUACCGCAUUUGUACAUAGGUUUACAUGCAGCAUAUGCCUUAAUGCAAUGGUGUUUUCUUCAAGUUC